AACGCAUCGAUGUGUAACCGAACAGUAACCAUUCCAUGUAUAUGGCGUCUUCCUACCUACUUUUAGGUCAACAUGACCAUAAAGGAGAUACUAACUUCCUAACUCUCUGAAAAUAACUACACAGAUAUCCCGGUACCGGCUACAAUUGGGAUCGUGUUGCUGUGUUUUGGUCAAGUACUUGUGUACCUCAGUACGCAUCCAUGUACACACGUAUGUACUACUCGGGUUCCCAGGUAACCACACGCGUACCUUCCUUCUAACGACUUGAUUCAAUCUAGUGGUUUUCUAGGAAGAUAUAAAUAAAGCUGACUUCACAGAUUUUCUGCCACUCUCUUCUAUCCUUCCAACUCUCCCAACCCCGGAGGUUUUCAAUGCCACCAAACCUUUCCCUCAACCCGUUCAAUCACUUUCUACUCAUCUGACACGCACAUCAUGGAGAGCUCCGAGCUACCAGGAGCCUGCCUCAUCUGUAACAAGCCAGACGCGAAGCCUUGCUCUCGGUGCAAGAGUGCCUUGUAUUGUUCUGAGCCAUGCCAGCGGGCUGAUUAUCCGGUCCACAAACUUCUAUGUGCUAGCUUCAGCUCUGAUCUUGCAAACAGGCCUACCAAGAAUUCCAUACGGGCCAUCCUCUUCCCGGUGUCCUCUGUCAAACCAAAGAUGAUAUGGCUUGAGAUCAUGCAACACGGAGAUUGGAAGUAUUGGGUUCCUCAAUACUUACCUAAUGAUCCUAUUGAAUCUCUCGACAGCACUCCGAAAACCAACGUGGAAAUUGAUUACGAUUUCAUUCUGAAAAGACGUCUGUCGGACGUUGUCUGUCUCGCCUACCGAGAUAAUAUGCUCAUGAUGCCCGGGACAUGCGAAUUGAAUAACAGCAUUACUUCCAUCACUGCCACCAGACCUGGGGCCCUAUCAUGGAGGUUUGUCCCGGAGUGAGGCUAGAUCAUUAGUAGGUAGUAUAUAGGAAGUAGGUAGGUUGAAGGUAUAGGUAAAGGUUUAAUA